AUGUGCACAACUUUCGGCAAGUACCCCACCGCAUUCCUGCAGAAGAAAAUAGCAGCCGCACACGAGCUCUUGACCAGCAGCCAUGCGUACCACGAAAGAGCGGAGGUUGGGCUGCUGUAUUUGCGAGACCUAGACCCUCUGAUCUCCGACAUUUUCGACCAAGCGGGGUUUUUCUCCAGCGAGAUCACCUCCGCGGAGUUUCUGAAAAACUUGAAAGUCCACGUUUGCCCGGCCAUCACGCUGACGCUAGUGUCGGUCGCGUUAAUCUUGUCCGUGCUGGCCAACCCGGCGAAUCUGGAGCCUUUCGUGCAUAUCGGGGAGCUGGUGCUGGAAAACCAGUUGGCGGAGGUGUUACAUCCGGCGGUCGGGUACGUGGCAAUGUUACUGCUGUCGUCGUGGUCCGUAGCGAGCGGAGGCGAAUCUGGUGAUGGAGCAGCUGCGUCGGUCAGCACGGGCUCAUCUACUAGCGAAACGACAGGACGAGCGGGUGGAGUUGGAGACGCAUCUGGUACAACCUCUAGUACCGCAGCUUCCACACAACAACUUCCUUCAACCGCAGAAAUUAAUUGUCCACACUGGACCUGUAUUCUGGCGGCGUUUAGUACGUUCAAACUUCGUCGGUACCACGUGAAUUACCCAACGCUGGCUGCUGCGAGGACUGCAAGCAGAAUAGAAGCUGCGGCGUCACGAGAAAUCCGUGCUGCACGUGGUCCACAUUAUAAUUCGGAUGUUGAUGGUAUUCAUACCUCGGCGUUCUCUGCUCCUGUCGAGGACUUUUUCGACUUGGCAGCUGCUUCUCCCUCCGACGUCGAGGAGCCACCCUGCGUCGUUGGUCAGCGGGCGGCCAUCGCUACGGACGAGCAAAGAAGUAGCAAUUUUAUGAUUGUGAACUGCGAAAGGGACGAUCGUCAGCAGCUGUCUGCAAGAGCUGCGGAUCACCACGAAGAUGCUCGCUCGCCCACGCGUCGUGAGGAUGAAGACCACGACGGAGUUUUACAUGCUCGUCGACGGCGGGAGCAUGAUCGCGAUAGCGACCACGACUCUGAGCCGCCUCGAAGCAUGAAGAGCGAAACGCAGAUCGGGAUCGAAAGAAAGUUGCGGGCGUGGUUGCGGGUGAAAGUUCAAGAGAGCAGGACAGACUGGGAGAGAAGCGGCGUGGCCUCACCGCGACCACCGGAAAAGCAAAAUGACAAUAGUUCUCCAGCGACUGUCGUCUACCUUUCCGUCGUCGGCGGCCAGGAGUACGCUGCGUAUCUGAAGCCGUGGGUCAGGAGGUUCUUCCAAGUGCACAGCUUUCUUCGGUACGAGAAUCCUGACGCUCUACCUGACCCUGGGAAGGAUGGUAAAAGUAGAUCCCCCUGGAAGGCAAGUACUACAGCAGGCACCGACACCACUCUGCAUCAAAGGACAUCUGCUUCUGCAGCAGGAACCCGAACUAAACCGGCCGGGGCCAGCGAGGCAUCAGCGUUGCUCGCACUGGUGUGCCUUGACGGGCAAGCAUUGAGUGCUUGUCGCGAAGAAGAGAGACUGCUGGAUAGAAAGCCUCAAUCUUCUCGUAAAAUAGUUCCGGACUACGGGGACGAGGACCGCGCGCCUUUUCAAAAAGCAAAAACGGUGAUGGGAGAUUUGUUCUGCAUCGACAGCACGAACACCGGCGAUGCGGUGUUUCUCAAGUUCCGGUGGCUGUUGCCCUUACUUGAGGAAAUCUUGAAAGUCUCAACGUCGAAGUCGAUGCCACCGGAAGAACUUUCCCGCGGUGGUGAUCAUACGACGCGGGGAAAUGAGGCGGCAGCGACGAGUUACGUUGUCUGGACAGAUUGCGACUUGUACUUUUUCAAGGAUCCGGUGCGGCAGAUACUGACGAAGGGUUCGACUUCGGAAAAGAAAGAACUACCAGCUGCCAACGACGCUAUCAAGGUGGACCAGCCGGAUCUUUUCGUCACUGAGCAUUUUGACGGAAAGUGUCUGAACAAUGGUUUUUUCGUCGUGAAAGCGACGUUGAAAAUGCUAAAUUUCUUCCAAUCAUUCACAUACUUCCUCUACGCCAAAAAUCCGUUCGCGAACAACCAGAAUGCCUUUGACGCGUUUCUCGGACACAGUCUGCAGGAAAGUUUCGCGGUUGCGCAGGGGAAGGAAGUUGGGAUGGUGGAUGAAGAUGAUGCAAAUGGUGCUGCAAUCGUGCGGCCAGUUGGGACAGGAGGUGGGGAAGAUGUAGAGGGUGAAGCACGUGCACAAGAUGUAGACACCUCUACUAGCACUACAACCUCACUCAUCGUAUACAAACUCCUAAACGUCGAGUCUGAAUUCAUUUCUGCGGAAGGGUGGCAUGAAAGAAGCGCAGAGAAACAACACAGCCGCGAAGAUAGUGAUUUAUCUACGAAAGCACAAGAACUACCUAGAAGUAGUCCGAUUCUCUUUCAUUUUUGGCAGUCCGACUACGCGAAGCAGCCAUCUUCAGCGGCGGCCGAAAAGCAGCAAGUGGAACAAAGUAGGUCCAGUGCUUUCCCUUGUGUGGGUCCGCUUUCCGGCCGGAAACAGAGCUACUUCGAACUCUUCUAUGGCGACGUGUUUCAAAGUAAUAGUUCAAUCGCAGGGUCGGAUAUCGCAUCAGAAAGUACACGGGAAAGCAGAAUCCAAGCUGCUUUGGCAGCAGUUCGCUCGCCAGCGCCGCGCGCGAAACCGGAAGACCUUCCCGGCUGUACGGUCCUGACCGCGGGCGCACAGACUAUCGCGGCCAGCUAUGCGGAUUUGGAUAGUAGCGACGAGAGUUUAAAAACACCGCACAUGAUGCAGCACGGGGACGUAGCAUCAUCAACGCGACCAGAGUCUAGGAAUGGUAACUCGUACACGGCAGAACUGUCGCAAUCCAUUCAUGAUUGGGCAAAACCGGAUCCGGAGGGAUUGGAGCGGGAGCGCACUAGAUUUGUGGAUGAGCAGGUCAUCUUGCAAAAUUUAUUCGGCGCCGAUGACGAAUCGGAAAGUGAUCUGUGACAAAGAAAAGAUUUAGACUCAUGCCGAAGUCACGUGCUGGUGCUACUAUAAUUCUUGAUUUCAUCUGUUUGAUUGAGCAUAGUCUUGGUGAAAAGCACGACAUGGGAAAUAGAUGCAACGAGUCGGUGCUCGUUUGAAAUAGAAAUGCCGAAGAAAGAAGGGCGCGAACGCUGUCUCUGAAGAAUGAGCUACCCUGUGACUAAGGAGCGACGUUUUCUAGUUGUCUGUGGAUAGUCGUAUAGAUUAUUUUAGAAUGUGUUCUCUCGUCGCGUGUCGGAGGAUGUCAAACUCCAACUGAGCUAUGACAACG